CGAGAAGCCGCGCUUCGGCUGCCGCUGCACUCCUCUCCACUUUGUUCUGCUUCGGCUCUGAGAAGAACAGGGGAUCCCUCAGAUCCUAACGCAAGAUCUCUUUUUUGAUGGAAACCCAUCGCAAGAUCUCGAUGCCGUAGAUCGCCAGUUGGCUCUCAGAACUUGAUUUUCCCAGGUGAUUUAUCUAUCUUGAAUUUUACCUGACAAGCAAGUGUAUAUCAUUCAGCAGUGUGGCAGAGUUCACUGUCCUUUUGGUUUGAUAAGGUCACGUUGAGCUAAAUGGCAAUCACAGGUUGUCAAAAUCGUUUAUCUGGUGAAACUACCUGUGGAUCUUUGCUGCAGCAGUUGCAGCUGAUAUGGGAUGAAGUUGGUGAGUGUGAAGAGGAACGUGAUAAAAUGCUACUUCAACUAGAACAGGAGUGCUUGGAUGUCUACAGGAGGAAAGUUGAUCAAGCUUCAAAGUCAAGGGCUGUUCUUAUGCAGAGCUUGGCUGAUUCGAAAUCUGAGCUUGCCAGACUUCUUUCUGCCCUUGGAGAAAAGACCAAUGUCAACAUUCCUGAGAAGUCAUCUGGUACAAUCAAAGAGCAGCUGGCAGCUAUAGCACCAGCAUUGGAACAGUUAGGCAAGCAGAAAGAGGAGAGGAUAAAGGAGUUUGCUAAUGUACAGUUGCAAAUUCAGCAGAUAUGUGGUGAAAUUGCUGGCAAUUUAAAAAUUGGAGAGCAGGUGGGGACACCUACAGUCGAUGAAGAUGAUCUGUCCCUGAAAAAGUUAGAUGAGUACCACACUAAACUCCAAGAACUUCAAAAAGAAAAGAGUGAUAGGCUGCACAAAGUCCUUGAUUUUGUGAGCACAGUACAUGAUCUCUGUGCCGUAUUAGGAAUGGAUUUCUACAGUACUAUAACCGAAGUUCAUCCUAGCCUAGAUGAUUCUGUUGGUGUGCAAUCCAAGAGCAUUAGCAAUGAUACUUUAUCAAAGCUUGCUAGGACAGUUGUAGCGCUUGAAGAAGAUAAAAGGAUGAGACUGCAAAAACUUCAAGAAUUAGCAGCUCAGCUUUCCGAUCUUUGGAAUCUGAUGGGUACAUCUUCGGAGGAACGGAGUCUGUUUGAUCAUGUGACCUGUAAUAUGGCUGCUACAGUUGAUGAAGUCACUGUGCCAGGAUCUCUUGCCCUUGAUCUGAUUGAGCAAGCUGAAGUUGAAGUUGAAAGGUUAGAUCAGUUAAAGUUCAGCAAGAUGAAAGAAAUAGCUCUAAAGAAACAAAGUGAACUGGAAGAAAUUUAUGCUGGUGCUCACAUAGAGAUUGACUCAGUGGCUGCCCAAGAGAAAAUAAUGGUUCUAAUUGACUCAGGAAAUGUUGAACCUUCAGAAUUAAUAGCUGACAUGGACAAUCAGAUACUGAAAGCCAAAGAAGAGGCCCUCAGCAGAAAAGAAAUAUUAGAAAAGGUAGAGAGGUGGAUGUCAGCAUGUGAAGAAGAGAGCUGGCUAGAAGACUAUAACCGGGAUGAAAACAGGUAUAGCUCAAGCAGAGGUGCACAUUUAAACCUCAAGCGUGCAGAAAAAGCUCGCAUUUUGGUUAAUAAAAUUCCAGCUCUUGUUGAUACUCUGGUGGCAAAGACCAGGGCAUGGGAAGAAGAUCAUGGUUUGUGCUUCAUGUAUGAUGGUGUUCCUCUUCUAGCAAUGCUAGACGAAUAUACUGUGCUCAGGCAUGAAAGAGAGGAAGAGAAACGAAGACUGCGGGAUCAAAAGCGGUUGCACGAGCAACUAAAUACAGAACAGGAAUCUAUCUUCGCCAAGCCAAGUCCAAACCGGCCUCUUGCUCCAAAGAAAGUUGUGGGCCCUCGUGCAAAUGGCGCUGCAUCAAAUGGAACUCCCGGUCGAAGAUUAUCCCUGAACACAAACCAAAGUGGAAGCAACGGUGCCAGAUCCACGAGCAAGGAUGGGAAGUGCGGCAAUACACGGCCGGCUGCUCCAGCAAAUUUUGUGGCCAUAGGAAAAGAGGAUGCUGUUUCCUAUGUGUCUAGCAAUGACCCAGUUCCUGCUUCGCCAUGACUUUAAUCUAAGCGUAUGAUAUAGGUAGCUUAUGCGUGUAAGAUCACAAAUAUAGCUUGUGUGGUUAGUAGAUGUGUGUUGUGGAGGACAGUAAUUAUUUACUGGGUGGAGUUAGGCAUUACUCUGCAUGAGGGCUUUCCAAGUCAUCUUUUAUUAUAUGGUGAGGCUCUGUUGGUUGUCAAACUUCUAAUGGAUACACUUCAUAAAAAUUUAUUUUUCUUGUUCUCA